UAACGUUGUGUUGAGAAUACCGCGCUUUACGCAAAGAAUAAAAGAAACAACAAAAAAAACCCCGACGUGGUGGUCAUUCAAUCAAACGCACAAGGACUAUAAGAGAAACAGCGUGUAUUUCUCGUCUGCUUGCACGACUUGGGUAGCACUGACAAGAAGGCACCCUGUGCACAUAGUUUGGAUGUUUGUGUGUAGAAAAAGUGGUGGAGUGGACCUGCACGCAACCCAAACAUGGUGAGGCUGGACCUUGACCAGGUGGUGAUGAGGAGGAUGAAGGAAGAUGACAUUGAGGUGGUCAAAGCCCUCAUCAAGGAGGGCUGCGAGGGCACAGAAAACCGCCUCAUCCUCCACAUCCUCACUCGUCCACUCUGCCUCUUCAUCUUGGCUGUUUUCUCUUCAAUCCUGCGCUGCCUUGUGCACUCUUUCAUCCUGGCCCUCGCCAUUCCCGUCUUCCUGCUGAUUAUCUAUCUCAAGAUCACCAUGCCUCGGUCGACAGGGGUUCUGGGCAGCAGCCGGCCGUACUGGGACUACGUGGGCAGCAGCUACAGAGGAACACAAGAUGAGACGCUGCAGAAUCCUUACCGCAGGAUCAGUGGCAAGACACCAGUGACAAAGAGGCAGAGGCGCAAAAUUGGAUCCAAAGAGAAGGACAAGGAGGUGUCAACAGAGAAGAUCAGCCCAGAGAGGGAGCAGGAAGCGGGCCAGGUCUGGGUGGCUGACAGUGAUGGGGACAUAAUAGGCUGCAUCUUCCGUGAGAGUGAGACACGGGUGGACAUCAGGAGGAUCUGCAGGCUGGUGACAGGAUGCUGGUACCGAAGGGAGGGCCUGGGCCGACUACUCGUCCAGAGCCUGGAGCACAGAGAGAGGGAGACCGGGGCCCAGAGAAUGUAUGCACAUGUGCCCUACCCCUCCAAGGUGGGUGAAGUCUUCUUCAAGAAGCUGGGCUAUCAGCAGCUGGGGGAGGGGACUAGCGAAGAGGACGACGAAGAGGCGAAACGAGAGACUCCAGAGCGAGGCUUCCUGGGCUACCCUCUUACUAAAGUGUUUUACAAAGACUUGUGAGUGACAGUGGACUGGUUUGAUAAGGUAAAUGAGACAUGAAUGCAGAUUUCUGCUGAGGGAAAUGAUCAUCGGCAUUGCUUCAGCAUAUUUGGAAGAUAAUAUUUUAUGGAAACUUUGUGUUAUUUAUUCAAGUAUUUAUUUAUUCUAUGUGCUCCUGUUACGAUUGUUAGUUUCAGCGUAUUUUUGUCAUGUAAAAGGCCAUCUCUCCAUUUUCGAUGAAUCAAAUGGUUGUCCAGUAUUAACAUGACGUUAUGUUUUCACAGAUGUGCUUUUCCAUCACAGUUUGAAGUAAAAUAUUUAUGCAAAAUCUG